AUGUCAAAAUUAUUAAAAUUAGUUAUCGUUGGUGAUGGUGGUGUUGGUAAAUCGGCACUUACUAUUCAAUUAACACAAAAUCAAUUCAUUGCUGAAUAUGAUCCAACUAUAGAAAACUCUUAUCGUAAACAAGUAAACAUUGAUGAAGAAGUUUACAUGUUAGAUAUUUUAGAUACAGCCGGUCAAGAAGAGUAUAGCGCUAUGAGAGAUCAAUAUAUUAGAUCAGGUAGAGGAUUUUUAAUUGUUUACAGUAUUAUAUCAAGAGCAAGUUUUGAAGCUGUUACAACAUUCCGUGAACAAAUUUUAAGAGUUAAGGAUCUCUCAACCUAUCCUAUCGUAAUCAUUGGAAAUAAAGCAGAUUUACCAGACAAAGAUAGAAAAGUACCACCAAUGGAGGGUAAGGAGUUAGCAAAAAGUUUUGGUGCACCAUUUUUAGAAACAUCAGCCAAAUCUAGAGUAAACGUUGAAGAGGCCUUCUUUACCCUCGUUAGAGAAAUUAAAAGAUGGAAUCAAAAUCCACAAAACGAAGAGAUGCUCCCACCAAAGAAAAGGGGAUGUAUUAUAUUGUAA